AUGUUAGAUCCCCCAGCGGGGCACUGUGUGACGACGAGGGAUCUCGCAGGGACGUCGUGGAAUGCAUACGUCUUAGCUUUAAAUCGCGUGCGUUUAGUUUUAGUUAAUGAUAAGAUAAUUAGUUCAAUCCGAGAGAAAUAAAAGAAAUGGUGGGGAUAGCAACAGUCAGUUAGCAAGGUAUACUUGUCACCAGUCAGUCGGCAAAGCAGAACUACGCCCUGAACGUAGUUACGUUGUGCGUUACUCGUUGUAUCGAAGAUACGGAGAGAAGAGGAACAACUUCAAGCAAGUGCGGGCAACGAGUGACGAUACAAGUCAGCAAGUUGGUGAAGUGGUUACAACAAUACCUACUAUAGGAUUUAAUGUAGAACAGGUCACAUAUAAAAAUUUAAAAUUCCAAGUAUGGGAUCUGGGAGGUCAAACUAGUAUACGACCAUAUUGGAGGUGUUAUUACUCAAACACAGAUGCAAUAAUUUAUGUCGUGGAUUCCGCAGAUAAGGAUAGGAUAGGCAUAUCAAAAGAUGAAUUAAUUUAUAUGUUGAGAGAAGAAGAAUUGCAAGGUGCCAUUUUAGUGGUCCUAGCAAAUAAACAAGAUAUGGCAGGGUGUUUAAGUGUUGCAGAGGUGCAUCAGGCGCUUGGAUUGGAUGCUCUUAAAAACAGAACGUUCCAAAUUUUUAAAACAUCUGCAACUAAAGGUGAAGGACUUGAUCAAGCGAUGGACUGGUUGUCGAAUGCAUUGCAAAGUAAAAAAUGAUUAACAUUAUUAAAACAGUUUUCUACUCAAGCCUUCUUAAGAAGACUAGUCAUAUGACUGUCAAAUUGUACAACCCACACAGAACUGUUGGGCACGUUUCUCUUGUUCUGUCUAUUUAUUACAGCUAUAUUUUAAAUAGUUUUACAAAUUAUAUGGGAAGACAAUUCUACUGAUUUACCACGAUUUUCGUAA